CUUUGAAAUUUCAUGACGCGGAUGUAUUAUUCGGUCAGUUUCUUAAGAAUCCGAUAAACCGAAUUACGUUACAUUGUAGUCAUUGAUGAGCUAAAAUGCAAAGACGACCACGCACUGCUGUUGAAAGGUCAACGAAGAGAGAAGGUCUGGAAAGAACACAAUUGUAUUUGUCAAGAGAUGACGCAUUUGGCCAGGCUAUGAGGAAUGUACACGGAUUCAAACCAAUGACAACAACUGUAGGUUAUGACCAAGAACGGCGUGGUAAAACCUACAGUAGUGCUGAUUUCGAUACUGAAUUGUCGGACACCUUCGACGAUUUACCGGGCCAACACAUGAAGCAGACCCAGCUUCGAAGAUCUAAGGAAGCGAGCAAGCAAAUGCUGUACGCCGUGUUUUCGAAUGCUAUGGCAAUCCUGGAACAAUUUGAAACACGAGAGUCGCCCAGCAAGAAUCUGCAAAAAUCCUUCCUUUACAUCCCUGAUCAACGUGGAAAAUCGGACGAGGAUAUUAGAAGUAUCCUUGAGACACAGGUAUUACUCUUCGAGACCCAAGCCAAGUCGUGUCCUUCCUAUGUAAGGGCGGAGGUGGGUUCGGAAUUAAGACGCAAGGUCUUGGAGUGGAUGGCUGUCAGAGCAGACAAGGAUUGCAACAUUGAGGACACAGACAUGUUUGCUGCCCAGAUGUACGAGGUACUGGUUACAGGGAGAACAACGCAUGCCUUUCACAGUAGAACAAGUUUCAGAAGGCCCCACAGUGCUGCCACUAUCCGGGAGUCCAUGCCUCACAUUCUUGGAGGCCUGCAUUCUGCCAGACAGCUGGACGAGGACUUCCGGACGCACGAGGAAAAGAAAGCCGUGCGUCCUGAAACAAGACGCAGUUCCUCUAGAAAGCCUAUCAAAGCAGGUGCAAAACGAAUUUUGCAUUGCAAACCAGCAUUAAAAACGCAACUUGAAGACGAUGUUGAGCAAUUCGAAGGAAGUUUGGUUGAUGUGAAAUAAGUAUCAACAAUCUUCAUUCAAGUUUACCUGUGUUAACUUCGAGUGUUGUUGGGGACUAUUACAUUUUAUCAAUAAUGUAUUAAGAAUUAGUGUGUUUAUUUGACAUUUCAAAUUUUGUAUGUAAAAUAUAAAUGAAAUGUGUUAGUUAUUGUGAAAAAAUUAUGCAUAUUUACCAUUCUAAACAAAACAAUGGUAAAAUACGUUAUACAAUAAGUAAUGUGUAAGCUCGUUGCUAAGAUCGUUCGAGAAUAAAAAAAUGUAAGGCCAGAAUCCUUACAACAAUUCAUACAUGAUUGGUAACAGUUUCAAAAUUUAAUCAUUAUACUUGAUGUGUACAUAUAUAUUCAGAACAGGCAUUUAUACAUAUUGGAGUGGAAAGCUCAACAAUUUAUAGUUACCUAAUCUAACACUAAGUCCUACGCAAUUGCUCUUACAAUAAAUGUUUUGCUUUAUCUAUAUACAUCUAUUAUGUGUUGUGUUUUAUAGAUAUAGUUGUAACCCGCUUUCAAAACCGUCCCCGGUCUAUGUGAUUGUUCUAACAAUACAUUCUUAUUGCCAUGUGAAUGCUUUUUUAUAUACAUAUAUUUUGUAUCGUGUUUUAUAGAUACAAUUAAGAUCUGCUUUCCAAACCGUCCCGUCCUUUGUCAUUGCCACGAAAUGAUUUUCUUGGUACAUAUAUAUAUAUGCAUGUCAACAAAGUAUACACAUGUCAAGAAAAACAUUUCGUGGCAAUGACAUAGGACGGGGCGUUUUGGAAAGCAGAUCUUAUUUGAGUUACUACUUAUUCGGACUUAAUUCGAAGUUUUUGGCAGAACCAAGAAAACAAGCUAUAUUUGUUUGUGUUUUGUUUCUUUUUACUAAUUAAAGUAGAAAAAUCUCUUCAAUCAAUUAUCUAAGCGUUUCUUUUUAAUUAUGUUUUUGUACGUAAAUUAAUACAUAUUUAAGCUAUACAUCUAGGAAGCGAAUUGAUAUAAAAAUGAAGUUAAAAAGUGCAUUAAUAUGCUGUAAAUUUAAUGAUUAACCAAAAAUAUUGGAAUGUGUAUCAUUCUCAAUGUGUUUUCAAUAAAUUAAUUAAAAUCAGUG